GUCAGUGAAUUCAAGUCCUGAGAACUUUGGCCAAUCAGUUCAUCCAUACAGCCACCAGAAGGAAGUGACUUUGUGACACAGAAAAAGAGCACGCCAAUGUGGGCCCUGAGAGGAAAUGACUUGCACUGUGCAUAAGUCUGAGAUCACAGGCCGUCUUCGCUCGUCACGCUCUAUCAGUCGUGCCUGAACCCUCGUCAAACUCGCUGAACUUCCGACUGUACGCCACGCAUCAAGCAGAGAACAUGGUGACAGACACCAACCAGUACGAAUGGCUCUUUCCAUGAAAAAAAAACACUCCUUUGGUCAUUUGCAACAGUCGCAUGCGAAGAUGUGCAUCCAAGAAUUCUGUAACAAAAACAUGGCUGCUACGCCGGUCUCCUGGCCCAUUCCCAUGAGGGCUAUCGGAGCUCAGAAUCUGCUUACCAUGCCGGGUGGAGUCACCACAUCUGGAUAUCUGCACAAGAAAGGGGGCAGCCAGUUCAGCCUGAUGAAAUGGCCACUUCGCUUCAUCAUAAUCCACAAAGGCUGCGUCUACUAUUUUAAGAGCAGCACAUCUGCCGCACCUCAAGGCGCGUUUUCACUCAACGGCUACAACAGAGUCUUACGGGCAGCAGAGGAAACAACAUCUAGCAAUGUUUUUCCUUUUAAGAUCGUCCACUUCAGUAAAAGACACCGUACGUGGUAUUUCUCAGCAGCAAGUGAAGAUGAGAGAAGGAAAUGGAUGCGCCACUUAAGAAAAGAAAUCGGCUAUUAUAAUGAUAAAAGAGACUUGCCUCUUCCAAGUGAUGAUUUAGAUUCUGAGAGCCUAUAUGGCCAGUUAGAAGAGCCUCUGGACAUCAGUCCUAUUGAAGAAGAUCCUGAAGCAGAUUAUAUGACUCAAGAUGAAGACAGUGAUGGAGAGGAUGGAUCACUAGUGUCAGCAGGUCGACCCACGGUUCCACCUCCACCAUAUCCUCCACCCCCUGUUCCUAUUCAGUCAAGAGAAACCCGUCUCACGAAAGGACCGCCGCCCCCACUGCCCCCUCCAUUCAAAAAACCUUCCUGCUCAGGCAAAGGUCCUCCUCCGCCGCUGCCGUACGCCCCGCAUCUAGAGAAACCAGACUUUCACCUGUCAAACAAAGGCCCUCUUGGCCCCAUGCCUCCUUUACCCCCACCAGCCAACAUGAAGUCCAUGACAGGCCCCUUUUCCACAAUGCCUGCUUGCGAAAAGAAGCCGAAUGCCUCUCUCAUUGGGAAUACAGCAGCUACUUUACCCAUCGUUGAGAACUUGCAGAAAGUGCUUCUGAACGCUGGAACAAAAUCAUCUAUUUCUAGCCAACACCUAGGGGUGAAACCCACACCCGAGCCACGGCCCGUCUCACCUCACCUGUCCAGUUCUGUCAGUAACAGGUCGCUGGGUCAGAUACCCAAGCCUCCGUUACCGACCAAACCGAAACCCAACAAACCCUCGUUCCAAGCAUCACCGGAUGGACAGAGUUUUCGUUCUUCUAUCGAAGAAAAUCCUAUAAAACAACGAGUGAAAAACAAAAUUGAAGAAGACUCAGAUGAUGAGGACUAUGAAAAUGUGAAUUUGCCUCCCUCUGUCUUCGUGGACACAAUGGAUACCAGUAAUGUCGAAAGAUUAUUUAAGGAUUCGUACUCCUACCCACAGAACGGCCUGUACUGCAUCCGCAAAUCAGGAACAGGAAAAACAUCACAGGUGCUGGUUGUUUGGGACACGGGUAUAAACAAAGCCAGAAAUUACAGGCUCUUUGAGGAGGACCAGCGGGUGUAUCUGGAGGCAGAUGUGACGUUCCCAGGUUUAUCUGCUUUGGUUGAACACUAUCACAACCACCCACUGCCCAGCAGCAACAACUCGAUGCCCAACUACUCUCUCAGCUUGCAUGUACCCUUCGGCUACGUCCCACCCAGGUGACAUCGGUUCCCUGUCCCGUGCUGAAACACCCAAUCGCACAGCCGGUGCUGGUCCUGGACCAGACUGCUGCUGACAGCGCCAUCUGCUGGUGAACGUCACCCAUCACAGCCGAGACGCUUGGUCUACUGGCUUGAUAUACUGUGAAUAUCAAUGGAUAAUAAAUCUGAUGAACUGAAGAACUGUGUUAAUUUAAGUCCAGUGUUCAGAAGUGAGUCAUGACGUUAUAAUGACAAAACUCCAUUUGAUUAAACAGUGUUAUAUAGCAAAUUUGUACGUUUGUACACAUACUAUACUGCAUGUAUUAGUAUACUACAGUAUACUGAUUCAUUGUGACUGAAGAUCUGAAUAUCACACAGAAACCACUGCUAUGCAAUGCUUCUUCACUGGAAAAUAAUCCCAA